CAAUAUCCCGAGAAGAUAAUGAUGAUACACACCAUCAUCACCACCAUCAUCAUCAUCACCAUCGAGGUGGUCAUAGUCACAAUCACGGUAAUAAAGUUCCCUAUAAUGGUUACAAUUCCGAAGAGUAUUUGGAUAGACUGGAACCAAAUGGUAAUAUACCAACAGAUAAAACAAAUUGCAGAUAUGGAGGUCCUGAACCUGCAAAAAAUGAAAAAUCAAAAGACUGGCGUAGCACAGAUAGCACCGAUCAUCAUGAUCGUGUCCAAAGACAAUUGUCCGUUUCGUCCGAUAGUAAGUUAUUAGAUGAUGAUAUUAGAGAGGAGACACGUGUUAUAAUGCGUCCCAAAAAACCACCCAGACCUAAAUCCGAAGUCUUUCUCAAUAAACAAGAUCCUCAUCCGCGUCGUAAACGUUUCAGUGCAUUUGGUGGUGAUUCACCGUUCGGUAAACAGGAUGCCUACGUUAAAUUGGAACCUUUAGGAGAGGGUUCAUAUGCCACAGUGUACAGGGGUUUUAGCAAGUAAGUAAACUACAUAAAAUUUUGUAU